CUGCUUGCGGGGCGCCGGAGGGAGGGAGCCAGGUCCGGGCCGCAGGCCGACCACGCUGCGGUCUGAAGGAGUCCCGGACGGUGGGCUGGGUGGGGCUGUCGCGGCCCUCAGACUCAGGUAACCAUGUGUGACCGAAAGGCCGUGAUCAAAAACGCCGACAUGUCGGAGGAGAUGCAACAGGACUCGGUGGAGUGUGCGACUCAGGCGUUGGAGAAAUACAACAUAGAGAAGGACAUUGCGGCCCAUAUUAAGAAGGAGUUUGACAAGAAGUACAACCCCACCUGGCACUGCAUCGUGGGGAGGAACUUCGGUAGUUAUGUGACACAUGAAACCAAACACUUCAUCUACUUCUACCUGGGCCAAGUGGCCAUUCUUCUGUUCAAAUCUGGUUAAUCGCAUGGACUGUGUCACACACCCAGUGAUCCAUCCAAAAACAAGGACUGCAGCCUAAAUUCCAAAUACCAGAGACUGAAAUCUUCAGCCUUGCCUAGGGGAACACCUCGAUCUUUGAACCUUUAUUGUGUUGUUUUGUACAGGGCAUUCUCUGUACGAAUUUGUUGUGGUUAUAAAACAAUUAGCAAAACAGCUUACAUUUGUAUUUAUUUUCUAUUCCAUAUCUCUACCCCGUGUUUUUCCUCCUCAAAAUCCAUUCCUUUCAAAAAUAAAUCUGUUGGAGAAGUG